AUGUUAAGACAGAUUCUUAAACUGUGGAGAAAGCUAAAAUAUGUUAUUCAACAUUUUAAUCUUUUCCCGUCGAUUCCACCUUCUACCGAUCAGCAUCAACUUCGAAAUCAAUUCAUUUCAACAAGAUUAUUCAUCUUUCUCUUCAGUUCUUUCUUCUCCAUUCUUCUCUUGUACAACUCUCUCAUAACCAUUCGUAAAACAGUUAUUGUCAAAUCGCCAUCGUUCACCGACUACGUCCAAUUGAAUGCUACGUAUUCUCAAACACUAACAUGUCCAUGUACCCAAAUCUCGAUUGACUACAAAAACAUAGUUCGUGUGAACUACACACUACAUCAAGUUUGUUCGAGUGUUUUUAUAACUCAGAACUGGAUAAAUAGCAUCCACACUGAGAAUACAAAUAGCUCUGUGAGUCUUUUCUACUUCGAUUUUCGAAGCAUCGGUACAUAUGCAUUUCAAGCUUUGAAAAGUAUCUGUGAGCUGCUAGAUGAAACGAUCAUCGGGGAUAUAAAUGUAUUUUAUUUAAAUCAAUUUAUUAGUACAUCCGUCAUACCAUAUAAUGCGCUUGAAUUACAAAUUCAAGAUUUAAUCAAUCGAUUGCAUUCGUCAAUCGUUCGUGGCUUCUGGUCGUCCUUAUCUAUGAUUCGAGAAACAACACAAGGCAAUGCUUUGUAUUCAACCGGAACGAUGGCGUAUAUCUUCCGCUUGGAUACUCGCUCUAGAUACUUGUACAUGACUUUGCGCGUAUAUGAUAAUUGUAGCUGUGCGUCGUCGGCAACAUGUGUGCGAGAGUCGAUUAUUUACAAUGCUGAAAAUGGUUCUAUAUCGUUCAGAGUGCCGAAGUUUUACAUUGGAUGUUCUACGGUUGAGGCACUACUGCAAUCAACCCUUCAAUGCUUCUAUGAUCGAAACUGCAUCGAUUCCAUUCAAGCUCAUUUAUUCCCAGUCGUUCCUGUUACACCCUUAGAUCCAUCCAUCUCAAGUAACUACCUUGCGAACUCAACUGUCGAUGAACUUUUGCAGCGUUUAAUGAUCGAGCAAUGGGAUGUUUCUCUUAUGUAUGAAAACUAUUACGAACAAUGCAAGCCUGUCGAAUGUAGCCACAUUUCUGAAACACGAAAUGAUGCAGUUUUUGUCGUGACAACGCUGAUUGGAUUACUUGGCGGUUUAGUCACAGCUCUAAAAGUAGUGGUACCAUUGUUGGUGAAUUUCAUUCGAAGAAAAAAGGAAGAAGACAGACCAGCCGUUGUGUUAAGCAUUCAUGAACGGAUAGCUAUCUUGCGGACAACAAUGAAAUACUACAUACAUAAUUUCAAUCUUUUCCCGUCGAUUCCACCUUCUACCGAUCAGCAUCAACUUCGAAAUCAAUUCAUUUCAACAAGAUUAUUCAUCUUUCUCUUCAGUUCUUUCUUCUCCAUUCUUCUCUUGUACAACUCUCUCAUAACCAUUCGUAAAACAGUUAUUGUCAAAUCGCCAUCGUUCACCGACUACGUCCAAUUGAAUGCUACGUAUUCUCAAACACUAACAUGUCCAUGUACCCAAAUCUCGAUUGACUACAAAAACAUAGUUCGUGUGAACUACACACUACAUCAAGUUUGUUCGAGUGUUUUUAUAACUCAGAACUGGAUUGAUUACAUUGAAUUGUCCGGUUCCAGCAUAGACGUUUACUACGAUGAUUUCCGAGCUACAGCUCCAUACAUGUUUCAAGUUUUAAAUAAUUUCUGCAAAUUGCCGGAUGAAACAAUCUCCCAAAGCUUGACUGAGUUUUAUUCCAAUCAAUACGUGGAUACAUAUCUCACAUCAUUCAGCGUAUUUCCCUUGAAAGUGAAAGCAUCAGUCGAGCAAUUUCAAUCAUCGAUGAUCAAUAGAUUUUUGCUAUCGUUUUUCAUCAUUCGCCAAACAACUCAAAGUAACAGUUUAUUCUCUGCGCGCAUGACUAACUACGUAUUUAGAAUACUGCGUGGAAGUACAACUACAGACUCAGCUGCUUUAGAGUACGAUGGAUGCUCGUGUGCUACAUCGGGGACAUGUGCCGAACAAUCAUGUUUUUACAAUUAUCCGUACGCGUCGCCCGUAUUCGCUCUACCAGGAAUAUAUACAGGAUGUUAUGCAGUUGAAGCUUUACUACAAUCAACACUCGAAUGUUUCUAUGACAAAAACUGCACGGACUCUAUUCAGUCUUACUUAUCAUAUCCUGCACCGUUUCUAAUCGCUAAUCUAAAUUCAUCUUUAGCAAGUAACUAUCGUGUCAACUCAACCGUCGAUGAACUCUUACAGCACUUGAUGAUCGAACAAUGGAAUGUUUCUGUCACGUAUGAGAACUAUUAUCAAGAAUGCAAACCAGCGCAGUGUAGUUACAGUUAUGAAGCACGGAACGAUGCGAUUUAUAUACUGACAACACUGAUCAGUCUCGUUGGUGGUUUAAGUACGACUCUGAAACUUCUGACACCACAAUUGAUAAAUUUUGUUCGAAAGAAAAAAGAGUCAGAAAGACCGGUUAUUGUGCUAAGUAUGCGCGAACGAACUAUUGCCUUGUGGACAACAAUGAAAUACUACAUACAUAAUUUCAAUGUUUUCCCGUCGAUUCCACCUUCUACCGAUCAGCAUCAACUUCGAAAUCAAUUCAUUUCGACAAGAUUAUUCAUCUUUCUCUUCAGUUCUUUCUUCUCCAUUCUUCUCUUGUACAACUCUCUCAUAACCAUUCGCAAAACAGUUAUUGCCAAAUCACCAUCGUUCGCUGACUACGUCCAAUUGAAUGCUACGUAUUCUCAAACACUAACAUGUCCAUGUACCCAAAUCUCGAUUGACUACAAAAACAUAGUUCAUGUGAACUACACACUACAUCAAGUUUGUUCGAGCGUUUUUAUAACUCAGAACUGGAUUGAUUACGUUUAUAACAGUCGUAAAGAUUAUCUAUCGACUGAUGAUUUCAUGGUCGAAGCACCGAACGUGUUUUUUAUGUUAGACAAAGUCUGUGAGAUAGUCAAUUUAACUCUAUCCAAUCGAUUCAAUGUAUUUUAUGCGAGUCCAUACACAAGUGGAUCCAUAACAUCGUAUUAUUUACUUCAAUCAGACGCACAAGCAGCAAUUGAACAACUGAAGCUGUUCACAAUCAGUAACUUGGUGUCAUCUUUGUCGUUGAUUCGGCAAAUGAUUCACGAUCAAUACCGACACUAA